GCUUCCGGGCGAAGAGAGAGUGAGUGUUCACUGCCAUCUAUCUCGAGUCAAGACAUCGCGCUCUCUAUCCUGUCAGUCAGUGUCUUGCGAGAAUAAAAUCUCUCAUUUCCAUCGGGUGCCUCCAAAGACCCUUGACUGCUGAUAUAUCUAGCGCCAUGGCUGAAUACAACUACGGCGGGACAGAGGAGGAGAAUGCGGAGUUGAGGAAGAUCGAGACAGAACUGGCUGAAGACCCGGACAACUUCGACACGUGGGAGAAGCUCGUCCGCGCGGCGGAAGGCCUCGAGGGUGGUAUUAACCGCAAUUCCAACCCUCAGGCCAUCACGACGGUCCGGAGUUUCUAUGACAGAUUUCUAGCCAAGUUUCCGCUGCUGUUUGGAUACUGGAAGAAAUAUGCGGAUCUGGAGUUCUCGAUAGCUGGCACGGAAGCUGCAGAGAUGGUUUAUGAGAGAGGCGUUGCUAGCAUUUCGCCGUCCGUCGACCUCUGGACCAACUACUGCUCUUUCAAGGUCGAGACCAACCAUGACUCCGAUAUCAUUCGAGAAUUAUUCGAACGAGGAGCCAGUGCUGUGGGAUUGGACUUCCUGGCGCAUCCCUUCUGGGAUAAGUACAUCGAGUUUGAGGAACGUCUCGAGGCGACCGACAAGAUCUUUGCAAUUCUCGGUCGCGUGAUUCACAUUCCCAUGCACCAGUACGCUAGGUACUUCGAACGGUAUCGCCAACUUGCACAGACACGCCCUGUGUCCGAGCUGGCACCCCCAGAGAUCCUUGCCCAAUUCAGAGCGGAAAUCGAAGCAGGCUCGGCGCAUCUCCCACCCGGAGCCAAGGCGGAGGCAGAGAUUGAAAGAGAUCUCAGGCUGCGCACCGACACAUAUCAUCUUGAGAUCUUCUCCAGAACCCAGACGGAGACGACCAAGCGUUGGACUUACGAGUCUGAGAUCAAGCGGCCUUACUUCCACGUCACAGAGCUGGAUGAAGGUCAGCUCUCAAACUGGAGGAAGUACCUCGAUUUCGAGGAAGCUGAGGGUUCCUACCCGAGAAUCCAAUUCCUGUAUGAGAGAUGUCUUGUUACCUGUGCUCACUAUGAGGAGUUCUGGCUGCGUUACGCCCGGUGGAUGUCUGCCCAAGAAGGAAAGGAAGAGGAAGUUCGCAAUAUCUACCAGCGCGCGAGCUAUUUCUAUGUGCCGAUUGCAAACCCCACGACCCGUCUGCACUAUGCCUACUUUGAGGAGAAGUCUGGUCGCGUCGAUGUCGCCAAGGAUAUCCACCAUGCCAUUCUUAUCAAUCUCCCUGGACAUGUCGAGACUAUUGUCUCUUUGGCUAAUCUCUCGCGUCGUCAUGGCGGACUCGACGCAGCGAUCGAGGUGUACAAAUCUCAACUGGAUUCGCCGCAGUGCGAACUAGCUACCAAAGCUUCCCUGGUUGCAGAGUGGUCACGACUCCUGUGGAAGAUCAAGGGCUCGCCAGACGAUGCACGCCAGGUGUUCCAGAAGAAUGAGCAGUACUACCUUGACAGCCGUGCAUUCUGGACCAGCUAUCUCAUGUUUGAGCUGGAGCAGCCGACCAGUGCUGAGACCGAGAAUGUUCAAUAUGAACGAAUCAAGCAAGUUAUCGAUGAUAUCAAGUUGAAGAGCACUCUUUCGGCAGACGUCGUCAAGGAACUUGUGCAGACCUACAUGGUCUAUCUUCUGGAGAGAGGCACAAAGGAUGCCGCCAAGGAGUACAUGACACUAGACCGUGAGAUCCACGGUCCUACGUCUGUCCAGACCGCAAUCAAGGGCAGGCCUACGGAGAAAGGUCCUCAGAACGGCAGCCAGGGAACGCCUGUCCCUGUCCCUGUUGCUGUCCCUGAUCCAGCAGUUGCUGCGGCAGCCCAGGGAAGCCCUUACGCUGCCUACUAUGGACAAACCCCGGUCAACGGCGCUGUAAGUAUCCCUUAGUUCUCGAAAGAUCCAGCGAUCUCCUGGUUCUGACCGCCUACAGGUGCCAACACCAGUUGCCCGUUACCCUUGAUUUCCCUUUCCUGUUUUGUCUCCGUUGCGAACCGUGUUCCCUUGCGUGUAGAACAGACGAUUUCAUACGAGUACCCUAUUUCGGCGUGUUGACCGGUGGGUGGCGAGUUUCUUGUUGGUGAGCCGACAGCUUACGCUGCUUUUUGAACGGCAUCACAAUGCAUCUACGGGAUGCAGAUCUACAGGGAUUGGACAGUUCUUUGUAUUCUAUGGCUUUCAUGCCUAUCAGUUAGUUACCCUCUUCGUAAUGAGUUCGGUUAUGCUCCUUUUCUAGCAG